AUGGGCAACAACGAAAUCGUAUUUGUCACUGGCAACGCCAAUAAGCUAAAGGAAGUGCAGUCGAUUUUGAUUCAAGACGUCGACAGCAACAAUAAAACCAUCCAUUUGAUCAAUGAGGCUUUGGACCUAGAAGAAUUGCAGGACACAGAUCUGAAUGCCAUUGCGUUGGCCAAAGGAAAGCAAGCUGUUGCAGUCUUGGGUAAGGGUAAGCCAGUUUUUGUAGAAGACACUGCAUUAAGAUUUGACGAGUUUAAUGGCUUGCCAGGUGCUUAUAUAAAGUGGUUUUUGAAGAGUAUGGGAUUGGAUAAAAUUGUGAAAAUGUUGGAACCCUUUGAAAAUAAAAACGCUGAAGCAGUUACCACCAUUUGCUUUGCUGAUUCUCGGGGCGAAUAUCACUUCUUUCAAGGAAUUACUAAAGGGAAGAUCGUUCCAAGCCGGGGCCCUACUACAUUUGGCUGGGAUUCAAUCUUUGAGCCCUUUGAUAGUAACGGAUUAACGUAUGCGGAGAUGACCAAAGACGCAAAGAAUGCUAUCUCUCAUCGCGGUAAGGCCUUCGCUCAAUUCAAAGAGUACUUGUACCAAAAUGACUUCUAG